GUAGAGAGCUGAAGCGAACGGAUUCAGUGGUUGUUAGAAGCUAGAAGUUGAAAUAUUUGUAACCUCAUUUUCCCUCAAUACAAAAAUAAUUUGCGAAUAGGUACAUUUUGUAAGAUUUAGAUAGUGACUAGGAGGCAGCCGAUAAUAUUUUUAAUAUGUCCAUAAAAGAGCCCAUUAAAUUAAAAGAUCUGGUCGAGGAAGGAGCCGUUUUCGACGUUAAUUUGGAUGAUCUAAAAGAACACGAUUCAGACACCGAAGAUGCUGAAUACCAGCAAAAUAUCAGCAAGUUCGCAAACUUACAGUUACUGGGAGAAGAUCUUCAAGACGAAGACACUUAUUUCGAGGGGCAGCCAUUUGAAAUUAUAUCCGCAAAAAUGGACAACCUUCUCCAAGACGGAAGCAUAAAGAAAAGGAUAAUACGCGAAGGCUACGGUGAAAAACCGCCAGACCUAGCAAUCGUUAGGGUUCAUUAUAACGCUUACGUAGAGUACAACCCCGAGCCUUUCGACAGCACUUAUGCGAGGAAUAGACCUCACCAAUUUUCUAUUAAUAACGGGGAGGUUAUUAUUGGAUUAGACAUAGCAGUGCAAUCCAUGAAGUUAAAUGAAAAGUCGCAGUAUAUAAUCCAACCGGAAUUUGCUUAUGGCAGGCUUGGCUGCCUCAAUAGAGUACCUGCGAAUGCGGAAGUACUCUUUGAAGUGGAACUUGUAGAGGUAGUGAACGUUGGAGCAGCAACUGCUUUCCAGCAUUUGCCCGAAGAAGCCCAAAAAAAGUUUACUAACGUUUACGACUAUUGUUUAGCUUUGUGCGCAAAGGGAAAAGAUUUAUUCAGCAAAAAUAUAAAGGCUGCGAUUAGAGAGUACAAUACUGCCGUGGGAAAACUAGAAAUGGCACAGUUAGAAGUUUAUGAAGACCAGUUGAAGCAGCAGGAGCUACUGCUGCGGCUGUACACAAACUUAUUGGUAUGCUACACGAAAAUAGAGGAACCGAAAAGAGGAUGCAUCAACUUUAAUAAGAUAAAGGAAUUGGUGCAAGGAACGAACAUAAAAAUAUCUGCCAAAUGUUACUUCAACAAUGCGAAAUGUUUGAGGAUGUUGGGAGAUUUGGAUUUAGCAAAGAGAAGAUUAGAAGUGGCGUAUAAGUUGGAACCAAAAAAUCCCGAUAUUCUCAACGAGAUGAUAGUGUUGGAAAACGAAAAAAAUAACGAGAAAAAACGUGAAAUUGAAAUGAGCAAAGCUCUGGUAAAGAACUAACAUUAAGGAAUGUAUUCAUGUAUCUUUACUUUUCCACAAUUGGAAGAAAGUUGUGUUUAAAUUCUUUUUGAUUGUUUAUUUUGUUAAAAUUGAGGGUAUGUAUGCUUUGGAAUAUCCUUAAAUUAAAGUAAAAUUUCAGUUAUAUAUUUUAAUACAAAUUCAAACAUCCUAAUUUUUAUUCUAUUAUUCGA